AUGGCAAAGAUGCAUUCUAGCGGAAGAGGACGCUCGGGGAGCGUUAAGCCGUAUGCAACAGUGUUUCCAACAUGGCUGACAAAGACGGCUGAUGAAAUUAAGGCCGAUGUUAUCCAGAUGGGAAACAAGGGGAUUCCUGCACCUGAUAUAGGGAAAAAGCUAAGAGACGAAUAUGGAGUCGGAAAUGCCAAGGACGUCCUGGGGUGUGAAAUCACAAAGUUCCUUGAAGAGAAUGGGGCAUCUCCAAAGAUCCCAUUUGAUCUUGAGUCUCUGGUUCGCCGAGCGAACACCCUCCGAAGUCACUUGAACAUCUAUAGGAAAGACAACUCUGCAAAAUACAGACUUAUCCUUGUUUCAUCCCGGAUGUAUCGUGUUGCAAGGUACUACAAGCGCAAGAUGAGGAUUCCAGGGAACUGGAAGCCAAAGCUUGUUGAGCUCAUUAAAUGA